CCAGAUAAAAAGUACAGAACUCCUGAAAUGGGGACGUAAAUACGAAUAAGUUAGGUGACCACCGCAAAUACUCUGGUAGUAAAGACUGCAGACGAUCGUCAUUGUCCAAGGCAGAAAGUAACUUCCCUAAAACCCCUCUGUGUCUCUUUACUCCACUCCUUCGUCGCCCCUCUCUCUCAUGGGGAAUCCAGAAAUGAAACUGGACCCGAAUCUUUCAGCCUUCAAGCCCUACGCUCAAGCUCAGCAACGCCCGAAUGCUGCUGACAAGGACGAAGACCUGGAUGACAUCGAAGAAGACGACCAAAACGACGUCGAAGUGGGAGAACUGGACGAAGAAGAAGAUGAAGAGGAAUACGAAGAGGAACCGCCCCCACCGAGCCCCCAAACCUCGGUGGCCCGAUCCCGUGAGGAGAGGCUCAAGACGGAGGCCCUGGUUCGGCGGAUGCAAGCGGGGCCCGUGCCAGUGCGCGUCCAUGAUGUGAUCGUCAAGGGCAACACGAAGACUAAGGAUCAGGUGAUAGAGGCUGAGCUGGAAUCGCUUAAGCAAGUGACCUCCAUGCAAGAGCUCCUUAACGUGGCGAGACUUGUCAAUUUCAGGCUUCAAGCUCUUGAGAUUUUCGAUUCCGUCAAGAUAACGCUCGAUUCUGGCCCGCCCGAGCUUCCCGGCACCGCUAAUGUUAUUAUCGAUGUUAUUGAGACCAAAAGCCCUUUAUCGGGUCAAAUCGGAGCAUACACGAAACCUGAGGCUAGAUCUUCAAGUAUAGAAGGAUCUCUCAAGUACAAAAACAUUUUUGGAUAUGGAGAUAUUUGGGAUGGUUCUUUAGCUUAUGGCUGUGACCAUUCUGCAGAGGUAAGUUUUGGUGUGUAUUUGCCCAGAUUCAGAGCAUUGGUAACUCCUCUGACCGCACGAGCAUACUUGCUGUCCCAAGAUUGGCUUAAGUUUUCUUCUUACAAAGAAAGGUCAUUAGGUCUUUCUCUUGGCUUAUUUUCAAGUAGGAACCAUGACUUGGCAUACAAUCUUGCAUGGCGUACCUUGACUGAUCCAUCUCAAAUGUCAUCGAAAUCAAUAAGGAGGCAACUUGGACAUAAUUUACUUUCAUCCUUGAAGUACACAUUUAAGAUUGAUCGGAGAAAUUCUCAAUUGAGGCCAACUCGGGGAUAUGCUUUUGCAUCAACCACUCAAAUUGGUGGCGUUGCACCUGAUAGUCGGAGCUUACGAUUUUUACGCCAGGAAUUUGACCUGCGUUAUGCUCUUCCUCUCGGAUUUUAUCAUGCUGCACUCAAUUUUGGGGUUUCUUGUGGUGUUAUUUUUCCCUGGGGAAGUGGAUACUUGGACAGGCCUUCGUCCUUGCCAGAGAGAUUCUUCUUGGGUGGCAACAUAUCUCCUGUUUGCAGUUUGGGAGGGCCAGCAGCAUUGUGGGGAUUUAAGACUAGAGGACUUGGCCCUAUGGAGCCAAGAAGGAAAAUUCAUGAUGAGGAUGCUGACCCAGCUGGAAGGGACUGUCUUGGAGGAGACCUGGCAUUUACUACCUUUGCUGAUGUUUCUUUUGAUUUUCCAUUGAGGUGGUUUAGAGAAAAGGGAAUCCAUGGACAUGUUUUUGCAAGUGCUGGGAAUCUUGCCAAGUUAACAGAGAAUGAGUAUCGAAAUUUCUCUCGACAGAAGUUCUUGGAAUCAUUUCGAAGCUCUGUGGGAGCUGGGAUUGUUGUUCCCACAAAUCUAUUUCGCAUGGAGGUUAAUUACUGCUACAUACUUAAAAAAUUCGAUCAUGAUCAUGGGAAGUCCGGCUUUUUCCUGACCUUCUCUGCUUCAUAGAUGUUGGAACUCUUUUUAAUGUCUACCACUGGAGAUGACACAUAGAACACUGUCACUUCAGGUAGUAGGGUCUUUCCAUAAUUCUGAUUAUUCUGCUUUUUCACUGGAUCUCAGUUUAGACAAAUUGAUUUUUCAAUUUGUGUUUUGUACCCAGACUGUAAAGGUCAGAGAGCAGGCAUUUUAUGAUGCACAAACGGGGGAGAAUGAUUUUUUGUGUCUUAGGCGUUAGCAUAAACAUAGUAACCCCAUCUGUUGAGUGUUUGGCAAAACCAUUGAAUGGUCAAGUUCCUAUACUUCCCCAGAGGAUGUUAUUGUCACUAUUGGUUUUGUGGGAAAAUAAGAGGAAUACGUCAUUAUUUCUUUUUAAGUCCAGGAGAGGAUCUUGAGGUGAUCAUAAUGCAAUCGACUUUUUUUUUCCCCAUAAAA